UCCAAAAUAAUUCACUUAUAGAGUGCUUAAUAAUCAUCAAACAUAGGGAAUUUGUGAUGAUAACAACUAUCGAUAUAGGAGGUGUUGGAAAAAGAAUCUGAAAUUGUGAAAGAGGUCACCGUGGCAAAAGAAACUGAAAUUAUGAAACAGGUCACUGUGGCAAAAUUGAAGUCAAUGCCAUUGACUCAAGGUAAGUGGGUAUUUGCAGGUAAUGGAGUUUAGUUUCCCUUAGCAUUUCUUUGACCUUGUCCCAAUGUUCAAUAAUAAAUUAUAUAUAGGAAACAAUGAUUGGUAGAAAUGUCAAAUGGUUGCGGAAGCACAAGUCCAAAGGAAUUAGCUCUAUGGAAAAGAAGCUUGUCAAAAGCUGGAGGGAAGCUGCAGAUGAAUGGAUGAAAACUGAUGGAAAGGUUCCUGUCGCUACCAUGGUAGCCACAGUCAAUGUAGAAAACAAGAAACAAAAAGUGAUGGAAGGGAUACUCAAAAUGACAUUGUUCAAGAAACAAAAAGUGACGAAAGGGAUGCUCAAAAUCACAUGGUUAUCAAUCAUAGGAGACCAAAAGUUAGAUUUCAACAAGCCUGACUCUCUUCUACUUCCUUCACCUCAGAAAUCAAACUCUGUUACCCAUGAUGACAAAUCUGUAAGAGAAAGGAUUGAAGCAGAAAAGAGAAGGCUUGAAGACUGAAUUAUUAAGUGGGUGAUCUAGUAUUAGUAAUAAUGAGUGUUACCUGCCUAAGCAUCAUCACCAGUGGAUGAAAAAUUUCUAGCGGCAGAGGAAGCAACAUCACCAGUGGACGAAGAAUUGAAUUUAGGCAGCUUAUUAGGCCAGCAAUUAGAUGGCUCAAAGCAAAGCAUGUAUGCUUUAAUUACCUGGAAUAAUUAGAUGGUUCCAGUUUAAUUUGCAACGGUUGUUUACCAUUCAAAACCAGAUGGCAAAACACCAAAUUUGUAAGAAUUCGUUUAUUUGUGAAGCCGUUGAAUGUAACGGUUUUUUGAAUUAGCUUGGGAGACGUUGAAUGUAACGGUUUUUUGAAUUAGCUUGGCGUUCUCUCCCAAAGAAAUGCAAUUUUCUUGCGUAUAAAUUGUGUCUUCAUAUUUAAAAGAAAUUAUUAAUA